ACAAAAACACGUAAAUGUUAAUUUCAAUAACAAUAAAACACAUAUAGUUAACUUGUAAUAGUUAAGUUAUACCAUUUUUAGUAGUUUCUUUUAUUUAUAACGUUUAUAACUAUCAUUAACGUGAAUAUUAUUAUCUCCCUUGAUUAUCAAAGAUUCCAAAUGAAGAACAUCUGGUUCCAAGUUUUUCUAUUUUAUUUAAAAUGUAACAGCUGCUUUUCACAAAAAGGACCGGAUCCGUGGGACUAUGAAAGCCAUCUUAUGUCCUCUCAAUUUUCCGAGAAUAUUCCUCCAGAUCUUCGGCAUAUUCCGAAGAAAAUUGUAAAUACAGAAAACAACGUUGGAAUGAGCGAAUGGUUUUUUAAACGUAUUCUAGUCAUAGUAUUAAAAGGUGGUCAAGUCAAGGAAAAUGAAGAUAACACAGUUGAUGUGGCUUUACAAAUGAAAUUUAAUGAGGAACAGUGGGCAUUAUUAAAUGAAUACACAGUAUCUGAAAAGCAAUUAACUGAAGAUAACUUUAGACGCACAAUUGGCUAUAUAGAAAAUUCAAUUUACAAACCGUCCAUAACAGAAAAAGUUGUAAUGGCAUGGAAUGAGUAUAUACAAAUUUAUUUAAGUCAAUAUAAAGUUGAAAUAACAUGGAUCUUUGGAGCAUUGUCAGUUAAACUUGCUGUGAUUUGGCUUCUAAAGCGGAUGUCACACAAGCAUAUGUUGAUUAUUUUGUUUACUGCACUCUAUUUAUAUGAAGUACUUGUAUCUUAUAAGGAGGCCGAAAAACAUGAAUUGGAAAGAUUCCUCACAGCUAUAAAUCGAUGCAAAUGGACCUUCUGGUCAUCAGAGUGUGAGGUACCACCUCCCGACCCUCUUGUAUUCCUGAAGCACAUGAACCCUCUGAAGAUUGGAAUUAGGAUAUUAACCACUUUGAUAUCAGAACCAAUGUUGAUAAUCAGUGAUAACAUUAAAACAAUGAUUCAUGGUAUUACAGAUGGUCUAUGGUUUCCGCUGAACAACAUAAUGUUCGGCUUUUUGAUAAUUAUCUUCAACAUUUUAUUGAUAUUCCUUUUAAUAAUGAUAAUCUUUAAUUACAUACUUAAUAUACCAUUCAAUCUUAGUUUUCUGGGUUUCAUAAAUAUUGGUUUGAAGUCACGAAAUAGAUCUUUUGUUAAUAAUGAGGAGGCAUCAAGAAAUAAUGACGCUGAUCGAAUAAGUGGUCCAACACUGGACAGAUUGUUAGAUAUUUGUUCAAGAGCUCUUUCAACACAGCACAAUGGAGUUGCACAAAAUAAUACACUGGAAAUUAAAUCAUCAGGAAAUUCAACAUUAAGAAGAUCAUCUAGUACUGGAAGAUUACCUAAUUUACAAAGAGAAUGGUUUAGUAAUAAUAGAUUGGCUAUUGAAAAUAAUGUUAAGAAAAAUAUAAGACAGCGUAAUAAAAAGAGUACAAAUGGUAGCGGUGAUGCGUAGCAAUGUAUUUUAAUCAGUUUGUUUUAAAACCAGUUAAUGUCUACCUGAGACUAACAAUUUUUAUUUUGACUGUUUAGUUCAUUAAUUUUGUCUUGUUAUGUGCCAUUGAUCAGUUGAUGCAAAGUGAUCAAUAAAUUUACUUUAAACCUAAAUAAGUUAUAUUGGUACCAAUAUUUGUGAAAUAUACCUUUGUAAUCACUAAAAUAAUGGUUGUAAUUAGUGUAUUAAUUAAUAAAAAGCAUAUAAUGUUCUUACCCUUACUUAGGGUAGGCUCCGAGCCCCUCGGUGGGGACGUAUAGUGAGCUGGUGAUGAUAUAAUGUUCUUAGUCUAACUUGGGUAAGCUUUGAGCGCCUCUGGGGAUGUAUAGUGAGUUGGAAACGACAUAAUGUGCUGUGUACCAUUCAUAAUAAAUUAACCAAGGCUUUUUUGUCCUCUUUCGCAAAAUCUAGAUUCUGUAAGAUAAGAAUUAUUUUAAAGAAUUGCGCUGAAAUCAUGUAUGUGAUGAAUUUUCCUUCUGUAAUGUGUUCAAUAUUGCUUAAAAUUUUAAUAUUUCUAUUCCUUUGUAGAUAUAGAAUAUUUUUAACUAACUGUGAUAUAUAUUUUAUACACGAAUAUUUUAUCUUUGACCAGUCUUUAUAUUAACUUGAUAUACAAUGUGUAAGCAAUAAUAUGUAACCCUGAAAUGCAUUAUUUUGUACCAAUUGUAUUUAAUAGGGAUGUUUUUUUAAUUGGAAAUGUACAAUGAAUUUCUUAUCUAAAUUAAUUGAAAGCAUUAGAAUUCAAGGAUUGCUUGUGUCCCACUUUCACAUAUUAUAUUAAUUUAUUUUUAA